AUAAAACAAAAAUAAAUCAUCUUGAGGGUGGGUAUCAUAUGCAAGGUUUCUAAGAUAUCUCUUUAAUGAGGUUUAACUGUAGACAAAAUUUCAAACUUAUGUUCCAGUUCUUUAAAUGGUUAAUCUUUUGGCCUGUAAAUGGGGUACUUGUACCUCCAGGACUAGUCUUGAAUGAAAAGUAUAUAAUUAAUUCAACUUUAUCAAUUAAUGUUUUUAAAAUAUGAAAUAAGAAUAGUUAAA